CACAACGGUGGCACCAACAACCACAACAGUAGCACCAACAACAUCAACAGCAGCUCCCGCCACUACAACAGAGGCUCCAACAACCACGACAGCAGCACCAACAACUACAACUGCUGCCCCCAGUACUACCACUGCCGCUCCCACAACAACAACAGCAGCUCCAACAACCACAACAUCAGCAGUACCAACAACUACAACAGCAGUUCCCACAACUAUUUCAGCAGCUCUCACAACCACAACGGUAGCCCCAACAACGACAACAGCAGCAAUGAUUUCACCAGCAACAACAGAAGCAUCCACAGCCAGUGUUUUGACAACUGUGGCUUCUAAUACAGCUUCUGUUACAACUACAUCGAAUACACAGAUAACCACAACCAGUGCCACAACUACGGAAGCGAGUGGUCCCCCACAAAGUGG